AUGAAGGAUGUAAGCUCGGCCUUGUGGGUGAGUGGCUUAGACUCCAGCUACCUCCGUGAACAAAUGCUGAAUGAGCCACUAGUACGAGAAAUGGUCCGAGAGUGCACUAACAUUCCCCUGAGCCAGCCUCAGCAAGGAGAGGCUGUCCUGGCCUCCUUCAAGCCCAGAGGUUAUUCGGAGUGUAUUGUGACAGCAGGUGGAGAGGAACGUGUGUCCCGGAAGCCAUUGGCCAAUGUUCGUUGUAUGUGCCCUCUGUAUGAUCGGAACAGACAAUUAUGGAUUGAGCUGGCACCACUAAGUACACCCAGAAUCAAUCAUGGGGUUUUUAUCUGCAGAGGGUUUCUUGUUUGUUCUUGGGGGACAGAAUGAAAAUGGCGACACUCUGGGUUCUGGGGAGCAGUAUGAUCCAGAUGCCAAUGCAUGGAGCCCACUACCACCUAUGCUUGAGGAAAGGCACAGUUUUGGUGUUGUAGAAAUUGACGGUGUAAUCUAUAUUCUGGGAGGAGAGGAUGGGGAUCGUGAGUUAAUCUCUAUGGAGUCCUAUGACACCUGUACGAAAACCUGGAGCAAGCAGCAAAAUAUGACUAUGGUGCGAAAGAUUGGCUGCUAUGCCUCAAUGAAGAAGAAAAUCUAUGCAAUGGGAGGAGGAUCGUAUGGAAAACUUUUUGAGUCCGUUGAGUGUUAUGAUCCCAAAACACAGCAGUGGACAGCAAUAUGCCCCCUGAAAGAAAGAAGGUUCGGGGCAGUAGCAUGUGGGGUUGGUAUGGAACUUUAUGUCUUUGGUGGAGUCAGAAGUCGGGAAAAUGAACAAAACAGUGAAAUGGUGGCUUAAAUUGUAAAUCCGAAUUCUACCAUGAUGACUUUAAAAGAUGGAUCUAUCUAAAUGACCAGAAUCUGUGUAUUCCAACAAGCUCUUCCUUUGUCUAUGGAGCAGUGCCUAUUGGUGCGAGUAUAUAUGUCAUUGGAGACCUUGACACAGGUACAAGUUAUGACUAUGUGAGAGAAUUUAAGAGGAGCACGGGCACCUGGCAUCACACCAAACCUUUAUUCCCUUCUGACCUCAGACGCACAGGCUGUGCUGCAUUGCGUAUCGCCAAUUGUCGCCUUUUCCGGCUGCAGCUUCAGCAGGGACUCUUCCGCAUCCGAGUCACACCCUCAUGA